UUUUUUUUUUUGAAGUCUUCUGGCAAGAGUCCCGGGCUCGUGACCGAUACACACACACAUUCGGCCUCCUCCUUGCGCAGCUCCAAACUCGACGAACUCAUCAGCGGCCGCGCCGGCGGAUUUCUCGACACAAAUCGGCAGCCGGCCGGCGGAUUUCUCGACAGAAAUCAGCAGCCGAUGGACACUGAAUUCUGUUCGGUGUACGACGUGCCGAUCGACCAGCUGAUCAACGUACCCCCAGAUGAGAGCGAUCUCCACAGAUGUUGGGAAGACUUUGGAGGCCAACUUGUAGUUCCACACUGUCCAUCUACUUACGACGAGGCGCCAGACGCCACGCCGCUGGAGCCGGAGAGAGGCUGGAGGCGCAAGAGAGGCCCUCGGAAGAGAAGGGUACUGUUAUGCACAGAUCAAAUCUGGCAUCUCGGUAACCAUUUUGGGGACACGUCCUGCCCUCUCCCGAACACGCCCACCGCGAGUGAAGGCCAAGAAUGUGCACGUAGAACCAACAACGGCCACUGGACACCUGAAGAGGUUGCGACGCUGGUGGAUGGCGUCGAAGACUGCGGGGUUGCACGAUGGUCUGCGAUGAAGAAGAAAUGGUUUCCAGAGUCUGUUCGAUCUGCAAUCAAUCUCAAGGAUAAGUGGAGAAAUCUCCUGGAAUCGUACACGGGAAAUGCCGAAAGACGACGCUAUCUGCAUCUUGACAAGAAACUGAUCAAACGAAUCCAAAAGGCAGCACUCGACAACCCGUAUCCAAAACCAAGGGGCACCGACGAAUGAUGAAGGGGCAAUUGCCUAGGAUUUUUUACAUCCUGAGGAAGUCCCUUGUAAAUCACUCGCUUACCAACGGAGGCAUGAUGUUUUAGUAGUACAGCGUUUAGUAGUGCAGUGUUUAGCUAACAUUAUUUGAAGGCAAGAUGUUGUAGCGUUGCCUGAAUGCACACUCUAUGUGUGGCUACCUUCCUUGUAUGAUCUCUGAAUAUGUGAGAGAUGUGUCCUACUUUAGUGUACAGAUCGCCCAGUAAAACUAUGCAUGGGCUUGAGUUGGUGAUCUUUAGAAAUGAUCAUGUUGUUAUUGCACAAGCUGACAAGCAGAAGGUUGACUCAA